AUGUCAAAAGAAGCACCGAACUGGCCGAUUGAUGGCGGUCAUCGCGCUUGGCUUUCAACCUUUGGAGCAUGGUGGGCUAUGUUUAUCACCUUCGACUAUUCCACCUCGUCAAUCGCAUGGAUUGCAUCAGUCCAACAAUGCCUUACAUACAGCAUGGGUAUCGUUCUUGGCAAAGUGUUUGACAAUUACGGUCCACGAUGGCUUCUUGUCUUUGGAGGGCUUGCCCAGGUGUUUGGCUUGAUGAUGACGUCUAUAUCGACGGAGUACUACCAAGUCUUUCUCUCACAGGCUAUUUGCAGUGCCCUUGGUGCUAGUGCUGUUAUGUACGGCACUGUCGGAGCGCUGGCUACUUGGUGGAAAACGCGCAGAGCUACAGCAUACGGCAUCGCAAUUUCAGGCUCAUCUAUUGGUGGCGUUAUCUUUCCCAUCAUGGUAAGUCGCCUGUUGCCUCUUGUCGGAUUCGGCUGGACCAUGCGUGUUAUCGCCUUCAUCAUUCUUCUCGGCGCUAUCCUCUCAAUGGCGACAAUUCGAUCGAAUAGAGUCCACAUCCCGACACCUUUCAAUAUCCGAACCUAUAUCACUCCAUUGAAGGACGCGAGAUUCGUUCUUCUCUGUUUGGCCUUGACCAUUUUCGGCUUUGGAUUAUUUCUCCCGUUUAAUUUUAUUCCUCUGGAAGGACUGUCAAUCGGAAUGUCAUGGGGCCUAUCCAUCUACUCAAUCGUCACCCUCAACGCAGUUAGCGUUUUUGGCCGUAUCCUGCCAGGCUUUCUCGCCGACAAGUUCGGGCGUUUCAACAUGAUGGUGGUCUGUACAACCAUGUCAGCUAUCCUUACUCUGGCAGUUUGGCUUCCUGGCAAGUCCAGCCCAGCACUACUCUGUUACUCGGCGUUCUUUGGCUUCUUUUCUGGCUGUUACAUCUCGUUGACUCCAGCUCUCGUGGUCGAGGUUUCGCCGCCUUCAGAUAUUGGACACCGCACUGGGAUACUCUAUUUCUGUAUCUCCAUAGGAGUUCUUGCUGGUAGUCCCAUUGCUGGUGCACUUGUUGAGGCUGAAGAUGGCGAGUACACUUACCUGAAAGUCUUCUCUGGUGUUACCAUGUGCGCUGGAGCGGUUUUGAUGACCAUGCUUUCCUUUUAUAUGAGACACCUUUCAAAGAAGACAGAGAUUGAAUCACAGAAGCCGGAGGAGUAG